AUGUCACAUGGUCAUAUUGACGAGGAGGAGAAGGGGAAAUUGGAGGAGAAAUUUAUCGAGUCUGUUGCCUUACCUGGAUUUUCUGAUGAGGAUGCCGACAUUCUCUUUCGAUAUGAAGGCACCAAAGGAAAGGAAGUGAUUCGAAAGAUUGACUUCCAUCUACUUCCUGUCCUCGCCUUUCUUUACCUUUGCUCUCAUGUUGAUCGCAACAACAUGGGAAAUGCCAAAAUUGAAGGAAUGAAUGAUGACUUGGGCUUGGUUGGGAACCAGUAUAACAUUGCAAGUACUCUUUUCUUUGUGCCUUAUAUCAUAUUCGAAAUUCCGUCAAAUAUUGUUUUGAAGAAAACGCGUCCAAGUCUUUGGCUGUCACUCCAAGUCGUCGCUUGGGGAAUAGUAAUGGCUUGUAUGGGGGCAGUAAAGGGGUUUGCAAGCCUUACAGUUUGUCGGGUAUUUCUAGGCAUUUGCGAAGCAGGGUUCUUUCCCGGUGCAGUGUAUUUGGUUACUCAAUGGUAUCCGCCACAUGAAAUCCAACAACGCCUCGCCCUUUUAUAUACCGCGUCAGCCAUUUCUGGGGCAUUUAGUGGUCUUCUAGCCUAUGGUAUUGCUAACAUGGGGGGUCUUCAAAAUAUCGCCGGAUGGCGUUGGAUUUUCAUUCUUGAAGGCUUAGUCCCGGUAGCAUUCGGUCUAGCUCUACCAUUUUUGCUCCCAGAUGGCCCAGGGAAAGUUAAAUGGUUGACACCAGAGGAACAAAGAUUCAUUGAUCUGCGAUUCCGACAAGCUGGUGCUCGAUCUGCCGAGGGUGAGGGUGAUCAAUUUUCAUGGUCAAUGCUUCUCGGCACGAUGCUUGACUGGAAGAUACUUCUUGCUGUGGUGUUGGCCAUGGUAAAUGCAGCUCCGAAUGCAGCAUUCUCUUACACCAUGCCAACAAUUAUCAACAAGCUGGGGUUUGAAGCAUCUAAAGCACAACUUUUGACUAUCCCGCCCUAUUUCUGUGGUGCUGUCUCAAGUUGGCUCAGUGGCCGCCUUGCCGAUCGUUUCAGUUGGCGAUUCCCCUUUAUCGUUGCGCCGAUGAUUGUGAUGCUUAUCUCUUUCAUUAUGCUUUUCGUUCUUUCCGCAAACAUUGAGCAAUACAAAGCUCCGAUGUAUUUCGCAAUUAUAUUGGCUCAGAUUGGUAUCUAUCCAUUGCUUCCGGGUAUCUCGGCCUGGACUGGAAACAAUCUGCCCCAAUCUUGGAAACGAUCAAUUGGAAUAGCUUGGCUACUGGCUGCUGGAAAUACAGGAAGUUUCAUUGGCACAAAUGUCUUUCUUGAAUGGCAGGCACCGCACUAUACUAUUGGAUACGGUGUAUCAAUCGGAAUAAUUGUGUUAGGAAUAGUUACUUGCUGUAUACUUGAGUUUUUCCUUUGGCGUCUGAACAAGGUCAAGAGGUCUAUUCCAGAAAGUCAGACUCGAGAACAAUUUACGCCAGACAAACUCGUUGCAAUGGGGGAGAAGAGCCCUCUUUACAUCUAUACACUGUAA